AUGGACGAACUCAGCUUGAUCCUCAACUCCAGUGAAGCUCAUAUUGCCGUUGUCACUGAAACGUGGUUUUCUGAAGAUCUGCCGGCAGAAGCCACGUCUAUCGAGGGAUACAGCGUGUUCCGCAGGGACCGUCCCAACAAGAGAGGCGGAGGGGUGGCCGUUUUUGUCAACAACUCUAUAACGGCGAAGCCCCUCAACCUUGUCCCGGCGGGCUUGGAGUGUUUAUGGAUACAACUGCGACCGCAUUGGCUUCCUCGAUCCGUGUCGUCCAUCGCCCUCUGUGCCGUUUAUCACCCUCCAAACUCCUCUCGUGACGACGAUCUUCUGGAUUUCCUGUCCGAUUCCAUUGACGACGUCCGCAGACAGUACCCAGGCGUUGGUGUUGUUGUCCUUGGCGACCUUAAUCGUCUAGAUGUAAGUGCCAUCUGUUCUGAACACUCCUUGAAGCCUGUAGUAACUGUUCCUUCUCGAGAAAAUGCCAUCUUAGACCAAGUCCUCGCCAGCGAUGCCUUUGCACAAUGCUACCAACCGCCAACAGCGGACCCUCCUGUAGGCGCCAGCGAUCACAACGUCCUGAUUUGGUCCAGUAAGUCACCUUCUUCUAUGCAGAACAAGAUGGUCAAGAAGAUCGUCAGACCCUUACGACAGUCGGACUUACGGUCGUUUGGAUCGUGGAUCACUGAGCACCACUGGGGAGAGGUUUAUAGCGCGAUCAGUGCAACGGACAAGUGUUCAGCCUUCUACACCACACUGUGCAGUGCGAUAAAGAAAUACUUUCCACCGAAAGUUGUCUGCCUACAUGAACGAGACAAGCCGUGGAUGACACCAGGCCUGAAAGAUCUCAUCCUGCUCCGCCAGAAAGCCUUCAAGGAACAGAACCUGCCAGAACUAAAACGUCUUCGCAACAAGAUCAUCCACACUAUCCAGCUGCCGAAGACGACCUUCUACCAGAAAGAGAUCAAAGGUGUCUCCCCGUCAUCAACUGUAGACGUGGCCAACGCCAUCAAUUCUCACCUCGCUGCGGCGCUACAGAAGCACGCGCCGCUUCGACUUGAGGACCUGCCAGCUUAUCUUCCUUCACCUGCUCCACCCCCGGUAGUCUCAGUCUGGGACAUGUGGAACAGACUAAGGAAUGUUAAGAUUGGCAAAGCUACAGGCCCUGAUGGCAUCUCGCCAAGGAUUAUUAGGGAAGUCUCCUUUGAACUGUCACAGCCUUUAUGUGACGUGAUGAACACCUCUCUGUGUCAAGGUGAAGUACCGGACAUGUUCAAGGACGCUGAUGUUGCACACAUUCCAAAUGAGAUGCCACCGCGACUAGAGAAGUUGAGACCAAUCUCUCUAACACCUAUCUUUGCCAAAGUGCGCUAA